GCCGAAUCGCCAGGAAGGAGGGAGGAUCUGCAUAAUUCAGUGGCUGCGAGGUCUGUAGGUCUAAACAGGGGGCGGCGACAUCAAGACCCAGAUAUAUAAAGCCAGAAUUACUUUGUACUGAUCCAGAACAGAUACACUGAAGGACUUAGAAGAAAAGAAUAAUACAUAGACGUAGCAGAGGAGGAAUGAUCGUGAAUAACCUUUCUCUGUGCUACCAGAACAAACUCAUUUUAGCCCCUAUGGUUCGGGUUGGGACUCUCCCAAUGCGGCUGCUGGCCCUGGACUAUGGCGCGGACAUUGUUUACUGUGAGGAGCUGAUUGACCUCAAGAUGCUUCAGUGCAAGAGAGUUGUCAAUGAGGUGCUCAGCACAGUGGACUUUGUUGCCCCUGAUGAUCGAGUAGUCUUCCGUACCUGUGAAAAAGAACAGAACAGGGUGGUCUUCCAGAUGGGGACUUCAGAUGCAGAGCGAGCCCUUGCUGUGGCCAGGCUUGUAGAAAAUGAUGUAGCUGGUAUUGAUGUCAACAUGGGCUGUCCAAAAGAAUAUUCCACCAAGGGAGGAAUGGGAGCUGCUUUGCUGUCAGACCCUGACAAGAUUGAGAAGAUCCUUAGCACGCUUGUCAGAGGGACAUGCAGACCUGUGACCUGCAAGAUUCGCAUCCUGCCGUCGCUAGAAGAUACCCUGAGCCUUGUAAAGCGGAUAGAGAGGACUGGCAUUGCUGCCAUUGCAGUUCAUGGAAGGAAGCGUGAGGAGCGGCCUCAGCACCCUGUCAGCUGUGAAAUCAUCAAAGCCAUUGCUGAAACCCUCUCCAUUCCCGUCAUAGCCAAUGGAGGAUCUCAUGAUCACAUCCAGCAACAUUUGGACAUAGAGAACUUCCGACAAGCCACCGCUGCCUCUUCAGUGAUGUUGGCCCGAGCAGCCAUGUGGAACCCGUCUAUCUUCCUCAAGGAUGGUCUUCGUCCCCUGGAAGAGGUCAUGCAGAAGUACAUCAGAUAUGCAGUGCAGUAUGACAACCACUACACCAACACCAAGUACUGUUUGUGUCAGAUGCUACGAGAUCAGUUGGAGUCGCCCCAGGGAAGGUUGCUCCAUGCUGCCCAGUCUUCCCAGGAAAUUUGUGAGGCCUUUGGCCUUGGUACCUUCUACGAGGAGACCACACGGGAGUUAGAUGCCCGGAGGGCUGAACUUUUGGCCAGGACUCCAGAAGAGGUGGGGGAGCCAGCUGAAGAUAGCUCUGGUGUCAUUAAGAUGGCUGUCAAGUUUGAUCGGAGAGCAUACCCACCCCAGAUCACCCCCAAAAUGUGCUUGCUGGAGUGGUGCCGGAGAGAGAAGUUAGCACAGCCUGUGUAUGAAACGGUUCAACGACCUCUAGAUCGCCUGUUCUGCUCUAUUGUCACUGUUGCAGAGCAAAAGUACCAGUCGACCUUAUGGGACAAGUCCAAGAAACUGGCAGAGCAAACUGCAGCAAUCGUCUGUCUGCGGAGCCAGGGCCUCCCUGAGGGUCGGCUGGGUGAGGAGAGCCCCUCCUUGCACAAGCGCAAGCGGGAGACCCCUGACCAGGACCCUGGGGGCCUGAGAGUUCAGGAGCCAGAGCUUCCUGGAGAGCUAUGCAAGAAGCCCUUUGUGGCCUUGGAAAGUGGUGAAGAGAACCCCCUGGAAGGCCGGUGAUUACUACUGUCCCUGCCCUGGUGAUUCACUCCAUGGGCCUACCUUAUGGUCUUGGGUAACAGAGGAUAAACCAGCUGCUACUGGACAAUUCACUGGCCCUGCGUGACAAGAGUCACAGGCCCAGGCCCAGGCCAUUAGCCUAAAACACAGGCCAAGGAAUACCCCAGGGUAGAUCCCUUCUUCCCUGGUGGGUCUGAGUGUCCAGCGAGUUGGGUAUUUUUUGAAAACAGGAAGCUUUUCAGGUGACACCUUGUCAACCUGACAUUGGUACCGUGCAAUAAAGACACCCCUUAACCUCACCCAUGGCUGACUGCUUCAGCCUUGGGCAUCUUCAAACAUA